GAGAGCGCGAGCCGCUGGUCACGGGGUGGGGACAAACGAGGAGGAGGAAGGAGCCGCCGCGGCUAUUGGCGGCCGGGGCUGCCCGUCAGAGCCCCCCCUGCACUUCCUGCCACUCGGCGGAGCCCCCGAGGAAGUGGCCCACGCCGGCUGAGGCCACCGCCGCCCAAGCUGGAGCAUCUGAGCCCGCCCCGCCGCUCUGCGCUCCCGGCUUCUUCCUCGGCGCAUCUCUGAAGCUGGCUCCGCCAUGGCCUGGCUCUGGAAGCGCGGGGGGUGAGCGGACAGGGGGCCUCCAGGAGCCCCGACGCCGGCUUUCCCCCCACACCAAAAGCGGGGCACGCAGCCAGCCCCCAGGAAGAAGGCGGCAAUUGCAAACUACUUCCGAAAAUGUUGCCAAGAAAACUGCAGGGACUUGUCUAGGAAGUUGAUAGGAGUCAACACUGAGUCAAAGGCACUGAAAAAAACUCUAGAUGGGUGAUACAGAAGAGAAAGCGUGUCUAGAUCAGUGUUGCUCCAUCGUGGCUGGCUGGGAAAUUCUGGGAGUUGUCAUCCACCUGUCUUAAGGCCACCAAAUACACUUUUAUAGGAGAUGACUGCAGAGAAAAUGGAGAUCUCGCUGGGCCAGUGGCUCCUCAUCCUCUUCCUUGUGGCUGUCCCGCUUCUGUAUGAAUGGAGUGCCACCUUCAAGUAUUUCUGCAAGAUGGCGUUCUACAACAGCUACAUCCUCUUCCUGGCUGUCAUUGCCAUCCCCAUCUGUGCAGUCCGUGGGCGCGACGUGGAAAAUAUGAAGAUAUUGCGAUUAAUGUUAGUCCACAUAAAAUAUCUCUACGGGAUCAAGAUUGACGUGCGAGGGACCGAGAACUUCAACAUCAAGGAGCCGUACGUGGUGGUGUCCAACCACCAGAGCUCCCUUGACUUGCUUGGUUUAAUGGAGGUGUUGCCAGAUCGGUGUGUGCCAAUUGCCAAGAAGGAGCUGAUGUAUAUGGGCACGGUGGGGUUGGCUUGCUGGCUGGGGGGCAUCAUUUUUAUCAACCGCAAGAAAACCAACGAUGCCAUCAGCGUUAUGUCUGAGGCUGCCCAAACUAUGCUGAGCCAAGACGUUCGGGUCUGGGUGUUCCCCGAGGGUACCAGGAAUCACAACGGCUCCAUGCUGCCCUUCAAACGGGGCGCCUUCCACUUGGCGGUGCAAACCCAGGUUCCUCUCAUCCCUGUUGUAAUCUCAUCGUAUAGAGAUUUCUACAGUAAGAAGGAUAGGCGUUUCACUACAGGACGCUGCAUUGUCCAGAUCUUGUCCUCCGUGCCCACAAAGGGGCUGCGAGCCGACGACGUGCCGGCCCUGACGGAUCGGGUGCGCCAAGCCAUGUUGGUCGCUUUUGAGGGGCUUUCCGCAGAGCUGGGUUCCCCGCAGUGACCUCCACCGCCGCUUCCCCCCAAGGUCUGGCCCAGGAGCACUGCGGGGUGCGACUGGGAGGAGCUGGCACCCACAGGCCAUCAACCUGAAGAUAACGGGACCAAGACAGAAGAGGGCAGCGCUCGGAGGGGAGGGGGGGAAGAGGACUCGGAACCGGUUCUGGCAGAGGAGUGAUGGGCACGGCACCUUGCAGCAAAGGAGGGGGGCUUGACAUGGGUGGGGAGGGGGCUGGCUUCAGCCGCAUGUGCAAGGAGACCUGGGAGUGGAGUUGAUCCCAGCCACCCUCAUUGCCCUCUUCACUUCUGGACCAGUGUUCUGACUCCCCCGGUAGAUGGUACAAUCCUAUCCCAGCCUCCGUCUCCUCCUUGCUCCCCCCCCCCCGUUUUGUUCAUGUGGACUGUUCCAUUUAAGUUUCUUGGACUUGGCCAGUGCGUGCUCCCCAUUCCGGGAAGUUUUUUUUCCGGACUGAACCACGGACCCCACAGCAACUGAGCCACCCCUGGGAGCCUGCAGAGGGAGCCACGGACCAGGUUUACCCUGGCUUGUUUCGAGGACCACCAGGGGAAUUUUGGUGAAUUUCAAACUCAGAGCAAUGCCGUGGGCUGGCGAUGCCCCAGCUGUUGGUGGGGCCUCUGUGUGCUGAGAACUCUGGACCCGCCAUCUCCUGGGGAAGGAGAAAGAGAGAAGGAGCCACUCCGGGGAGGAAAUGCUAACCAACCCAUCAGAACAAUAGCAAAGGGCCUGGGCUGCUCAGCCUGACUCAGUCCCAAUCAUGGACCGGACUAUUUCCUUCCAGGGAGGGGAAGGGAAGGAGAAAGGAAGGGGCAUCUCCCUCCAAAGGGAUCUUCUAGGAGACAAAGUAGAGUGAGAUCCACUUGGUUGUUUGUGGGUUUGGGUGGAAAGAUGUAGAGGGGAGGAAAAAGGAUGGAUUUGGGUGGGGAACGGGCAGAGAGCAGGAUGUGGGGACUCCGGUUGCUUGCCUGCCAUGCUUGGAAGGGCUGUUUCCCCCCCCCCCUUCAGUGUUGGGAGAACACCUUAAACCCUCCUCUCCAAGGGAAAUCCGGAGAGCUGGAUCAGUUCGCCAGAUGGAAAGUUGCAAGGAAGGGGAGCUGGCAUCCGUCUCCUCUCUGAGUCCCAAUGGAAAGGGCAGGAAGCCUUGAGUGGGGAGGGGAGGGGAAGGGCAGGGUGAGCAGGCAGGGCUUGUCCCCAGGCCAAAUUAAGCAGCGAGGGUUGCAAAAAGCAGGGGGGGGGUUCCGGCCUCAGGCAGGGGCCUCUGGGCCAGGUAUUAUGGGAUGGGAUGGAAUUAACACGGAGGGGGGGUGCCUCCUGCAUAUCUGAUAAAGCUUGAGGGGGGGCAUUGGCAUCCUGAGAGCAAGUGGGGAGGGUGUUUGCGACGUCGAGGAGGAGAGGAAACCAGGAAGAAGAGGAAAUUGUUGCCCCUUCCGGACGAGAGAUAAAGAGGUACUGAAUCAGGGACGGCUAGACUGAUUUUGUGGGUGGGUGGUGAGCUUUGCAGUUCCUUGAAAUAUUCCGUGUACUACUCUUCUGCCUUCGGAUUUUCCAUGAUGGUUUGUGUCCUCUCUCUCGGAUGGUGGGUGAGCCCAGGGGGGCUUUCUUUCCAGACGCCCCUUCUUGGGGGAGGAGAAAAAAAGUUUCCAUCUGGGGAGGGGAGGGCUGAAGAGUGAAGAGAUGUUAUCAAGUCCGUGUUCCCAAGACCUUCCUGCUUUUAAUAAAAACCCUCGAAAAUUAAUACCCCC